AAAAUAGACGCCCGUCCCUCGGUACGCCGCCACCGUCGCUCUCGUCGCGCGGGCCAAUCACCGUCAGUGUGUGUACAGUAACAAUGAUGAACAAUCGUGGUGUGUUAUUCGGUACGAGAUUAUUAUUGAAAUCCUUCGUGCGAUCGACGUGUGGAAGCAUCUGCCAAGACACGAGGAAGGAUUCGCAGGCAGAAAGAGACAACAGAGCGACGGCGGUGACUUUCGCGUGAUCGAUGCGUGUCCGUGGGAGCAUCUGCCGAGACGCGAGGAAGGAUUCGGGAACAAGAAGAUGCAAUGGAGCGACGGCAGUGGAGCAUCUGUCGAGACGCGAGGAAGGAUUCGGAGGCAGGAAGGGACAGCAGAGCGACGGCGGUAGUAAAUGAUGCUAUAUUUGAAAUAUCGCAACGUUGCAACGAGACGUGCCGCCACUUCGGUAUAUCGCCACAGUCGUUUUGUCGCCAUUACGCGCGGAUCAAUCACCAUUACUGUCGCAUAAGGAGCAGCUGCCGUGACGUGAGGAAGAAUUCGGAAACAGGAAAGUGCGAUGGAACGAUGGUGGUGAAUAAGGCUGUAUCUAAAAUAUCGCAAUCGUCGCAAAGUAGGCGCGCGUCCUUCGGUACACUGAGAAAAAUUUCUGUGUACGCCGCCAGUCGUUUGUCGUCGAGUGUCGUUUUGUCGCCAUUACGCACGGUCUAAUCAAUGUCGCGGUAGAGGACAAUCGUCAUGACGUAUUAAUCUGUGCAAGAUCGUUAUUGACAAUGUUUCGUGUGAUCAAUGCCCGUGAAAGCCGAAACGUGAAAGAAGAUUCAGGGUCGAGUAAGGACAACGGAACGAUGGCGGUAGUAAGUAAUGUUAUAUGUAAAAUAUUACAAUAAUUGCAAAGUAAAUACGCGUCCUUCGAUAUACGGCCGUUCUCGCGAUACUUUAUCGGACCGAUUCAGCGAGAAAUGAUCGUCUUCCAUAUUCGGACGAAUAGUUUAUCGGGACGAGAAGUAUCAAAGAUAGGCAAGAGAAAUAACUCAUAAAAGAUCGUACGAAAUAAACGCUGUUCAACGCGUGGAAUGUAUAAAACGUAUUUUACAAUG